AAUGCCAUGAGCAGCGCACGCAACUGAUCGGGAACAGUAUGAGCAGGAACGCUUGUCGGUUCCUCCGACCGUACCUCUCGCGAAACGUCAAGCCGAUCUCGAAUCCGGACCACACGAGAAUUUGUUGUGCUAUUCAACGCCGGUUCGCUCAUGAUGCUUCUGAGGUUACAUACUCGCCAUCAUCCAGUCAUGAUGCGGAGAAGCGGUUGGCAGAGCUUAAAAAGGCGGGAGAUUUGAAGGGAUACCAUCCUCGUCUGACGGAUCAUUCCGCGGCGCAGCGGCACUCUGUCGCCACGUUUCUUGCCAAAUAUGAGGGCAUUGAAGCUGGAGACAAGCUGCUGAACGAAUCGGUGGAGAUGUUUGGAAGGGUACGGUCGCGCCGCACAGCAGGAAAUAAGCUAGUCUUCCUCGAUAUCGAGCGCCAGACUGGAAAGUUUCAGGGCAUGUGCGAUUUUGGUGUUCUGUCCGAGCACGGUGUAAGCCUAGAGGACUUCAAGCAGUUCAAGAAGAUCGUGAGGAAGGGAGACUGGUUCUCUAUCACUGGCUACCCCAAAAGGACGUCGAGCGGAGAACUUUCACUAGUUGCAACCGAGCUUCCUAAAUCAUUGGCGCCGUCACUGCACUCGAUUCCUGAAACCCUCGAGGACUUCGAGACUCUCUCGAGACAUCCACACGUUCGGCAAUUAGUCAAUCGACAAUCUGGAGAUAUCUUCAGAUUACGCAGUCGUAUAUAUCAGCUACUUCGGACAUUCCUUACCGACCGUGACUUUAUCGAAGUGGAAACACCCAUGUUUGAUGUUGGUGCAGGUGGAGCGAUUGCGAGGCCGUUUGAGACUGUGGCUACGGAGAUGAUGGGCACUACAUUACGACUUCGAAUCGCGCCGGAAUUGUCUCUGAAGAGGCUAGUCAUUGCCGGCAAUGAAAAGGUCUUUGAAAUGGGACGAGUAUUCCGGAAUGAAGGUGUUGACACCACUCACAACCCCGAAUUCACGAUCUGCGAAUUCUACGAAGUCGGCGCCACCCUCGAGGACCUCAUCCUUCGUACUGAAACCCUCUUCCGUGAAAUUUCCUCCAUGAUCCAAACCCACCAAGCCAGCGAGUUCCCAUCCACCACUCCACCAACCAUCGACUUUUCCGGCCCCUUCAACCGCCUUCCUUUCAUCCCAACAAUCGAGGCCGCCAUCGGUCAGCCCCUGACCGACCUCUCCUCCCCAGACGCUACCUCUGCCAUACUGUCCCUCUAUGAAACUCUUUCCCUCCCCGUCCCCACCAACCCCACCCUCCCUCGCCUCCUCGACGACCUCGCAGAACACUACAUCGAGCCGCUCUGCGCCACCCCAACCUUCAUAACGCACCACCCGGAAGCGCUCUCGCCCCUCUCCAAAUCCUUCCUCGAUCCCGUCACCAACCAACGAGUCGCCGCGCGCGUCGAGCUCUUCAUCAAAGGCCGCGAGUACGUCAACGCGUACGAGGAGGAGAAUUCGCCCUUCGAGCAGCGCCGCAAGUUCGAGCAGCAGCUAGGCUUCCAGCCCGCAAAAGCGGACGCCGGGGUGUGUGUGGACGAGAGCUAUAUCGAGGCGUUGGAGUGGGGGAUGCCGCCGACGGGGGGAUGGGGAUGUGGGGUGGAUAGGCUUGUGAUGCUGUUUGGAGGGAAGAAGAGAAUUGCGGAUGUGUUGCCAUUUGGAACGUUGAGGAACGUCGUUGCUAUUGCGAGGAAUGGGAAGGAUAGGUAGCCGCAAGAGGUGGCCGCGUGUAUUAUAGGGGUUUGUAAGAUUGCUUGGGGUUGUGUAGAUAUCGAGAGUACAGUACCAAGACAUGUGCUUGGGCACUCCUUGCAACUGCUUGGGG